CGGUGACCGUAUCGAGAGGGGACUACGUUGCACGUUGCAAACUAAUAAAGCUUAAGUUAACGUUAAGCGACAGUCUGAGCGAGCGGUAAAGGUGUGUCCAGCCUACCUGCUCUCUACUUUCAACCUGAAUUUCAAUUUUAGAAACUCAGUAAUAGUCUACAUUAGGCGAUAAAAUUGCAAAAAAUGUCCCAAACAGAGAGGAUACUAAUCUUUACUAUAGUGUGUUGUGUAUAUUUCAAAACGUCUCACGCUUUGAAUUGUUACCAAUGCUCCGGCAGUGAUCCUGAGAAGCCUUUUCAGUGCAACGAGUGGUUGAGCAAUGAUAUAGAUAUUAAGCCAGAACCAUGCGAUGCCGUCUACAAUGCCAAAUAUUGUAUUAAGCACAUUGGCCGUUUCGAAGCUUCUGCGAUCUUCUGCUACCAAUGUUCUGCAUUAGAAUCCCUGGAUUGUGCAGAUGGAAUGAUCCACAUGGCUGGCAUUCAACCUCAAAACUGCGACCAUGUUUUCGAAGCUCGGUACUGCAUUAAGAUGAUGAGUCUGGAUGGAGGAAUCGGUGCUAAGAGGUUCUGCUCAUCGCUCGACUUGGGGAACUACUGCAACUUUGUGAAGCAGCCCGGUGAUGAGCUGACUUAUAGAACCUGCGUCUAUACCUGUACUGGAGACGGGUGCAAUGCCGGAUACAGCAUCAAGUCAUCUUUGAGUCUCAUAAUUGUCAGUUUAAGCAUUUGGAAGACUUUUAUGUGUCUCAGUUAAAUGAAUAUAUCAAUAUCAUAUGUAUAAAAAUGUAAAAAGUAGACCAGAAAAAUGUUGUAUGUGUGUAUAUUUAUGAAAUAAGAUAAACAUGUGUGAUCGGCAUUUUUUAUAAGUUUGUUAUUAAGGUAACUUAAAACUGUAGACAAGAUAGAAUAAACUUUUCCAUUUUCAGUAUAAUAUACUAUGUCAAAACAUUUUUUUUUAAAUUCACCUCAUGAUAACUCAAAACUCCAAUAAGGUUUAUUGGACACUUGUGUAGAUAAGAUGAAAAUUUACAGGGUAUCCUGAAAAUGAUUCUUCCAUUUGAAGUUUUUUGGCGAUUACAGUACUUCCCUGGUCUAUUGACUUGACUGAAAAAAGCAUCUCGUGCAAUAUUUACUUGAAUGAUUCAAAAAAUUAAUCUAGUAGUUUUCCAUAUCCAUAUGAAUUGUCAAAUCAUGGCGGAAAACUGUAUAAAAUGGAUAAAACAAUGAAAUAUUAAGCAUACUUAAGUAGAUAUGAUUUGUGCAACACAAAAAAUUUGUUUGAAGGUGCCCCCUUCCGUUUUGAGCUGGGUACGCCCUUGCCCUGAAGAGUUAUAACAAAUAAGCUCACUACGGCGAUUUAAGAAGAAAGUAAAAAAUGUAAAAUAACUUUACCAAGGUCUCAUACACUCGAAACUAUUGACCCAAAAAUAAUAGAAAUACCAAAGUACAGCAAACUCUAUUAUUAGACAAUAUUCUCGAAUAUGUAACUUUCACCCGAAUUGAGAUACUAGGGUACACAAAAAAACAACUAGACAAUAUUCCCAUACAUGCCAUUUUACCUGAAUAGAGACACAGCAUAUGUUACAUUAGAAUAAAGAAAAGCAUAUCGUGUUGUGUUGUUGUUAGUAUAUACUAUAAGAAUAUUUUGUACAUUUGUUUACCCGCGCACAAGGGUUUUUCAUUUAUUUGUCUCGAUAUAAAUUUUUUUUAGUAUAGAAGACAAAAUAAAAUAUAUUAUUGACCAUUUCAGUUUGUUUCUUCAGUGUUAUUUUCUGAUUCAUCGAAAUAAUACACAAUAAUACUUAGACCAUUUUAUUUGUUUGGGUAUAUCUAUAUCACGUCACGUUUUGCAUACAUUUCCAUGUUUUUAAUCUUCUUUUACAACAAGUUGGUUUUUCACUAAUUGCCUAUAUACAACUCUUCUUUAAUCAACUUAAACUAAAAUAUGAAUUAUAAGCAUUACCUUACAUACGGUGGUUCAUUUCCGCUAGGUAGGCCUAUUGUAGGUUCAGAACUAUACAAUAUUGCGAGAAUUAUAACCAAGCAAAGAGCAUUUGAGGCAUUUGUAACCAAGUCGUUCAUUAUAAAAAGUCAGCAAUUGAUAAAAACUAGUAAUCUAGCUCAUAUCUAAAUGAUAGAGCCAUAGAAAAGAUUUAUUGCGAAAAAUUAAAUUGCAGAACAACUAAUCAAUUAGUAAGUAAUAUACUAAAUUGUUAAAGUAUUCGCGGAAAUAUGACCACCAACUAUUAAAAAUAGUGUACUAGAUAAAACUAUAACUGAUAUGCAUCACAGAUUCUAAAUAGAAAUAACAAAAGCUAUGUACAAUAAUAAAAUCAAACUGUACAACAAUAAAUUAAAUCAACCAGUAUUAAGAAUGUUUCCAAGCAGUUUUCCAACAGGUCUCAUAAUUUUGUAUGCUUGACAGUAUCUGUCCAGUAAUUUUGGAUAGUCAUAGCUUCUAAACUGUUAAGGAAAGAGUCGUUAUCCAAGCUGUACAUUUCUUCUGAAUUAUCCUGAAAGAAAUACUAAACUGAGUAACAAUGUCAAUCUGGUCUUGAUAAUAUGAAAAAAAAAAUAUGACGAUAUUGCUAAAAAGCUUGGAAAGAUGUAUGUAUUCCAAAGAUGUAAAGGCAGAUGCUAUAUCACUAACAAACUAGACCAGGUGAUAUCUAUGGUACAGCUGCUGAUAUAGCAUGAAGUUACAUCAUAACAUUGAUUACUGUCUACCUGAAGAUAUCCAACCAUCAGCGUCCAAAAAACAAUUUUACGUAUGCACUUAUGCUUGUGCAGUAUAAUAAAUUUUAAUACCUGUUAUAAUUUGUGUGUGAUACCAGAUAAAGUGGAUAUAUAAAAAAUUAAGUUCCAAUUAUGUAGGUACAUUGUGUAGGAUUC